UGUUGCUGGGGGGACCGGAGACGCGCGGCAUUGUUUCAGAAUAACAUCAAAUGGCGAUUUACAGCCCAAAGCAGUGCAAUUCAUAACAGUAUUAAAUAAUGGACAUCAAAAGUAAGGUGAAUGACGUCCAAAAUGCCCUCAAAAGAGCCAAGCAGAAAAUGUCUAGCCUACAAAAUGAACUUUUAGAGAGGGAGGCCUUCCACGAGAGCGAGGAGGAACCGCGCUGCACGGAAAUUAAGGGAUCGCUUUUUGAUAUUUAUGGAGCUAAUCCUCAAGUCAAUGUGGAACUGAAACAAAGACUGCCUUCCCCGAUAAGAGCCCAUUGCUCAGAGACCACAGGACCACUCAGGACCCCCACACCGAAAGCCAGCUUGGGCGCCCUCUCCUCCACAGCCUCAGCAGAUCCAGGCAGAGGGUCAAAGGUUCCUGAGCUGCUGCCCAGGUCCAAGAAAGAACCAGAAGCGGUACCUUUCUCUCAGCCAGACCCUGGUGCAGGAGAUCCAGCUGGGAUGAUGGAGGAAGACCAACAACGUGACCAAAUUUUCUUGUCGGAGGGGUGUUCGCCGUCAGGAGUCGAAAUCCAGGACAGGAGCAGGGAUGAGCUGGAAGCAGUGCCAGCAUACAGAUGUCAUUUCACUUCCACGGAGCACGGCGAUCUCGCAGCAGUAAGUGGUGUACAGGAGGCGCAGUGUAAUGCCAAGGCAAGCAGUGCUUUUAACUCCGCAAAGCAGCUUUCGCUCCUGGACGAGGAGAGAAACAUUGCCUUCCUGCUAAAAGAGCUGGACACUCUCAGGGAUCUCAAUAAGCAGCUCCGGGACGAGUUGGCCGUGAAGGAGAGGGCGCUGGAGAGCAGGAUGCUGGAUGCCGAGCUGAGGGAAAGCCAACUGGAAGCCCAGGCCUGCGAGAAAGCUGGAGCUCUGGUGGAGGAAAUCUACAAGGCGCAGAGGGAGCGAGACCAAGCCUUGAUGGCCAGGCUGCGGCUGGCCAACGAGGAGAGGGACGAGGCUCUGCUCCGAGCCAAGAGGCUGCAACAGGCAGCCGCGGGCCUGGAGAACAUCAACCCAGAGGAAAGCGAUAUGGUGAGCCUUUUACCUUUCGAGAUGCCUGGCCCCUCUCCACCACCUGCUUCAGCCAGCUGUCUAAGCCUGGCGUGGUUUGUGGAAAAAAGCAAUGAUCUGGAGGAGCUGCUCAAUCGGAUCAAUAGUGCCGAUUCUGCCCAGGGCAUCGAGCGCACUGGGGCAGUCAUAGUGGACAGGCUGAGGAAGAUACGAGACCGCAAGAGGAGGAUCACGGCUGAGGAGAUGAACGCGGUCAUUGAGGAGCGAGAUGCUGCCCUGGCCAGGUGCCAGCGGCUGGAGCGGGAUCUUCAUCAAGUGCGAGAGCAGAGCCGGGCUUCGGCAAACAGCGCCAGACACCUGACUGCCGAAAACAAUCAGGAGCGUGCCUGGAAGGAGGCACUGGAUGUGGUCCGGAUGGAGCGAGAUCGGGCUGUCGAGCAGAUCCGGCAACUGGAGCAGGAGAUGCAGACCCUGCGUGCCUCUUGCAGCUUGCUGCACCCCCCGUGUCGGGAGGCCCCCGCAAACAAGCCUCCUGAGCCUGCUCUGAGCUGCUCUUCCCCCCAGCCCCCCACAUCUCUGGCCCCGCAGAACACACAGCUUCUGGAGCAGCUUCGACUCCUGGCCGUCGAGCUGCGCAGUUCACAGGCCCAGCUUCGGCGGAGCCAGGAGGUUGAGUGUGAGGCCAAGGAAAGAGUGCAGAAGCUGGAGCGGCUCGUAGAGGUGCUGAGGAAGAAGGUGGGCAGCGGCAGCCUCAGGACGGUGAUCUGAGGAGGGGCAUGGGGGGGGCGGGGGGUCGCCUGAGGAGUGAUGCGCCUGGCCACAUCUGGCGACCAGGCCGCUGCGUUUAACACUGUGCAAACACCCCAGCCUUAACUCUGCAAACAGUUGUUAGAAGUGCUGCACUCAGCCCACAUUCCAAGCCCAGAUCAAACUGAAUCAUAAAUGUUUAACCAACUGGGCUGCUGUGCUUGUAUCACUGCCAUAUUUUUUCUUCCCAAAUCACUUAUUUUGUUUGAUUGCCCCCAAUAUUCUUUAUAUUGUGGCUGUUUGUGUUUAUAUGGGCAGAGUAACUCUCUUUGUGAGGAAAUCUGUUCUUUGUUCUUGUAUUUUUCUUAAAAAGUUAAUUUCCAAUGAUUUCACAGAAUAUCAUUACCACCACCACCCCCCCCCAUCAAAUGGGGAAAAUAUGGGCUGUGGCUGCUCUGAAUGCACAUCGGUUUAUUGGCUUGUUUUAUAAAAAUCCAGCAACUGCUAAUAGCAUGUGUGCCUGUUUAUGUAUCUGUAUGUAUAUAUGCAUACAUAUAAUAUUAUUUUUAAGAAACUUUGUUGCUAGUGUGCACUGCCAAUUAUGUGCAUGCUGUUGAGCUGUUUAAAUUAUUACAUUUCUCAAAAUCAUUUCACUGAAACAUAAAAAAAUUAUAAAGCAUGUUAAUGCUUAUUAGCUGUUUAGCUGUGAAAUAUUUGUGUAUUUUACUGAAAUAUAAUAAACAACUUUUAUAGACGUGCAGUGUA